AUGGCUCCCAGAAACCGCAGUGGCAGGCCAACCCUGGGACACGGUCUGGAUAAAGAGGUAUACCAGAUAGUACGCAAGAUUGCGGACGACCUGCAAUUGGAAGGAGAAAAUGUCCGCUUAACUCCACCAUUCGUCUACGAUCGGAUUAAACGGUCAAAUUCCAGUCUCAACCGCAGAGGGAAGAAGUUGUUGGAAGACAGUAUCGAAAGGGUGUUGGAAGUUGUGAAAACUGAUGUGCUGGGUGAUGAGGAAUCAGAUUCGGUUGAGGAGGAUUUUGAAGGGCUGGAAGAGAAUAAUGUUGUGGCCUCUAAUGGUAUGAAUAAGAGUAUCGUUGGGAUGUGGGGGGCAAAAUCAAAGACUUCAGCUAUCGUUAAAAAAUCAGCGGAUGCGUCAGGAGUUGAAUCGGCUUCACCAAUUCGCACUACAGUCACGCUAAAUAAACGGCGACAGGCCGGAGGAGAGUCGCACCCAAAGAGGCGGAAAGCUGAAAGCAGCAUUGACAGGUCGCCUCCUUCACACGUUAGCUUGGCAGAUCUAGGUGGAGUGGACGAUGUAAUCCAAGAGCUGGAAGACCUCAUCGUCCUCCCAAUGACACGCCCUCAAGUCUAUUCUUCAUCCAAAGUGCAACCUCCCCGAGGGGUGUUGCUUCACGGUCCUCCUGGUUGCGGUAAAACCAUGAUUGCCAACGCCUUUGCAGCGGAACUGGGUGUGCCGUUUAUCGCAAUAUCCGCUCCGUCUAUAGUCUCUGGUAUGUCAGGAGAAUCCGAAAAGGCACUACGAGAGCACUUCGAAGAAGCAAAGAAGGUCGCACCUUGCCUCAUUUUCAUCGAUGAAAUCGACGCAAUCACUCCUAAACGUGAGAGUGCCCAAAGAGAAAUGGAAAAGCGCAUCGUUGCCCAGCUGCUUACCUGCAUGGAUGACUUGGCAUUGGAGAAAACGGACGGGAAGCCUGUUAUCGUCCUAGCCGCUACCAACCGUCCGGACAGCCUGGAUGCAGCACUCCGGCGAGGUGGGAGAUUUGACAAGGAGAUCAAUCUUACCGUUCCUAGCGAGCCUGUGAGAGAACAAAUCCUGCGUGUUCUAACAAAGGAUAUGAAUCUCGCAGACGACUUGGACUUUAAACUCCUGGCAAAAAGAACUCCCGGAUUCGUCGGGGCUGAUCUAAACGACCUCGUAUCCACUGCCGGAUCGGCUGCCAUAAAACGAUACAUCGAACUCCUUAAAUCACACACAGGCGAUGAAAUGGAGAUCGAAGAUACAGCACGGGGUGAUGAUGACAACAAAAUCAGCCCCAAAAUCCGCGAACUACGCCGUCUCAUAAAACAUGCCCGUGAAACCCCUCUGGACUCCGAAUCUCAAACAAUCUCCGUCUCCAACGCCGACUUCUUCACUGCUCUCCCCAAGAUCCAACCCUCCUCCAAACGCGAAGGCUUCGCCACCAUCCCAGACACAACGUGGGCAGACAUCGGCGCCCUAGGCGGCGUCCGGGACGAACUGUCCACUGCCAUCGUCGAACCAAUCCGCAACCCAGAGAUCUAUGCUCGCGUCGGCAUCACCGCACCCACAGGCGUCCUACUCUGGGGUCCGCCAGGUUGCGGAAAGACAUUACUCGCCAAAGCCGUCGCCAAUGAGUCCCGUGCAAACUUCAUCAGUGUCAAGGGCCCUGAGCUGCUGAACAAAUUCGUCGGAGAGUCCGAACGCGCCGUUCGCCAGGUAUUCGUGCGCGCCCGAUCAUCCGUCCCCUGCGUCAUAUUCUUCGAUGAACUUGAUGCCCUCGUGCCCCGUCGCGACGAUACGCUCUCGGAAGCUUCUGCACGUGUUGUAAAUACGCUUCUCACUGAGCUUGAUGGGCUGGGGAGCGCGAGGCAGGGUAUAUAUGUCAUUGCGGCUACUAAUCGGCCGGAUAUCAUUGAUCCGGCUAUGUUAAGGCCCGGCCGGCUGGAGACGUUGCUGUUUGUUAAUUUGCCUAGUGCGGAUGAGAGGGUGGAGAUUUUGCAGACGCUGGUGCGGAAUCUGCCGAUUGAGUUCUCGGAUGAGAUGAGGGGUUUGGCGAGGUCGUGUGAUGGGUUUAGUGGUGCUGAUUUGGGGUCGUUGUUGCGCCGGGCUGGGUAUUCGGCUAUUAAGAGAAGGGAUACGAUUCGGUUUCAGGACUUUGUGGUUGCCAAGGCGGGGAUUAGACCUAGUGUGUCUGAUUUGAAGAGGUAUGAGAAGUUGAGGAGGGAUUGGGAAGGGGGGAAUUUAUUAUAA